ACAGUGUUGGAAAUGAUGCCUGGAACACCAAUUGUCUGCGUUUGUGACUACUGGCAGCGGCGCCACUACUACAAUUGCUCACCACCAAGCCCGGACGCGCCCACAACAAAGGCCAACUCUGCCUUCUACAACAAAAGGCAACUGCGUCGUUUAAGGCUAAAAGUGAAUGCGAUAAAUGGCAACUAUUAUCUGCGGGAGUUCGUGCAGCAACGGGUCCUGGCAUUUAGACUGCAGCGACACCACGGCGUGCAAUUGAUUUGGCUGGACUUUGAGCCACCGGAACGGGACACCAUCGACCACAAGUGGGCACAGAUACUGGCCCACACCAUCCGGGAGCACAUUGAGGUGCAGAACCUGAUGUCCUGGCUAUCCACACUCGGCGGUGGCUUCUCAGCCCUGGGCGAGCAGUUCGAGCGAUGCGCAAAAACAGCUGGCAAAAUCUCGUUGCAUCAACUGAAGAUUGGUCUCCGGCUGGGCGAUCCCUUCCUACAGGCACGCUGCAAGCUCUACUACAGCAUAUCGUUGAUCCAGCGCGGACACUUGCGUGCGGCCAAGCACCUGAUCCGAGAUCAGCAACAGUUUGCGCGUGUUCACAGGGAGAAGGAUCAGCGGCUGGUGCGCAUGUGCCAAGGCAUUUGGCUGCGACUCACUUACGAGUACAAGCUGAGGGGACAGAGAGUCAAGCAACCACAAUCGGGGCUAGAAUCCCAGUCGAUCCCAAGCCAAAUACUUGUGUAAAAUGAGCAGAAAGAG